AUGGCACUUGGAUAAAGGAUUAACAUUAAAAAAGUGUUGAGGGUGAUAUUAAAGCUACAGCUCCAUAACGUCCUAAGUUAAAUUCUCGGAAGUCCUAAAAAAGAUACAAAAAUGAGUAGCUCAGAAGAAGUAUCCUGGAUUUCUUGGUUCUGUGGCCUGCGUGGGAAUGAAUUUUUUUGUGAAGUGGAUGAAGAUUACAUUCAGGAUAAGUUUAACCUCACCGGUCUGAACGAACAGGUUCCGCAUUACCGUCAAGCACUAGAUAUGAUCCUUGACUUGGAGCCAGAUGAAGAACUGGAGGAUAAUCCAAACCAAAGUGAUCUUAUAGAACAGGCAGCAGAGAUGUUGUAUGGACUGAUCCAUGCACGUUAUAUCCUCACAAACAGGGGUAUUGCUCAGAUGCUUGAGAAGUAUCAGCAAGGUGACUUUGGAUACUGUCCCAGAGUAUACUGUGAAAAUCAGCCAAUGCUUCCCAUAGGUUUGUCGGACAUCCCAGGAGAGGCUAUGGUCAAACUUUAUUGUCCCAAAUGUAUGGAUGUGUACACCCCCAAAUCUUCACGUCAUCACCACACAGAUGGAGCUUACUUUGGCACAGGAUUCCCCCAUAUGCUUUUUAUGGUGCAUCCUGAGUACAGACCUAAAAGACCAGCCAACCAAUUUGUUCCUAGGCUAUAUGGAUUCAAAAUUCACCCUAUGGCAUACCAACUGCAGCUUCAAGCAGCAAGCAAUUUCAAGAGUCCAGUCAAAAACAUCCGCUGAUAGACUACUGAUUGGCCAUUCAUUAUGUACUGUACUAUCUUUUAAGACCAGUGGGAAGAAAUUAGGAAGACAUAUAUGGCCUUUUUUUUGUGAAUUUGGAAAAGAUGCCUUGGAACUCUCUCUUCCCGGUGUCAGAUGUUGAAAUUCUUUUCAAUGUAAUUUAAGUAAUAUUUCAGUUUAUGUAAUUUUUCCUCUGAAAAUUGUAUUCUAAGAACAGUCAGCGAUGAAAAAAGCAAACAGCAUGUGAUACAAUUGUCAGAAUUUAAAGCUAAGAAACCUGAGAUGUUAAGGAGUUGUCAAUUUAUAUUUUUAAUGGCAUUCACAUGAGGAUAGUAUUGAACCAGUUACCAUUGUCCAAAUUGGUUAUUAAAAUUCCUGGUUAAGACGACUGAGCCACUAGUUUAAAGUAAUUUUCUUCCUUUUUUAAGGGAAGAAUGAGUGAUUACACUUAAGUCCUGUAGACUUACUUUCAAAAUGUAUUUUUAAAAUUUGUCUCUAGUUAAAGUGGCAGUGCCCCACUUUUACUUUAGGUGUCAUCUUCCUGUGUGGUUAGCAGAGGUUUUAACUGCUCUGAACACAGUACAUGGUACAGAUUCCUUUGGAAAGAUGUAUAAAAUAAAAUGCUUAGAAAUUACUGUACAGAUUAGAAUUUGUCUCCAAUUAAAGCUACUACUGUUUUUGGAAGUA